ACGUGUCAAAUAGCAUUAUCACAUAUGGUCUUGUUUGUGCCUAAUUGGAUUAUCUAGAUUUUUAACUCAAAAGCAUAAUAUGAUAUAUAUGAAACGCAUAUACUACACUAAAAAAUCAUGAAUCACAUGACAUGACCAUGAUGUUUCUUUAGUCAAGUAUAGUUCGAUACAUGCUAAGGUUGCCUUGAUUUUAGUGAAGAUUCUCUGCUUUAUAGUUUCCCCUCACAUAGUAUUGUGAUCUCUCAUUGGAGACUGAAAUUGUGGUAAAUAGUGUCAGUGAUCAAGAUGGAGGUGAAAUCUCUCUCUUCCAAUUCUUUGUCCACAUUUGAAGUUGGAAAAUUUUCUUCCACUUUGUUCACAAGUUUUAGGCACAAAUUUGGAGUUAGAUACUCUCCUAAGUUCAAGUGCCGCAGAGGGUUGUUUCUUAAGACUUGUAGUGCCUCAGAUGACACUUAUUUGGCAGAUAAAGCUGUGAUUUUUUCAGAUGAUUUUGCAUCAGAAACAAGUUCUCAUUGUAUUAAUGGAUCAACUUCAAGCUUGUAUUACAGAAAUCUUAUACUUGAUGCCUUUGAUGAUGAGUAUGGAGGGAUUCUCAUUGAUCCAAAUAGGUUACCACAUAAUCCAUAUGCCUUUGCAUCUAUGCUUUGUUUAUCUCUUUCUCACUGGAAAAGAAUGGGAAAGAAGGGAAUUUGGCUUAAGCUGCCUAUAGAGCAAUCUGAUCUUGUUCCAGUUGCUGUCAAGGAAGGUUUUCAAUACCACCAUGCAGAGCCAGGAUAUGUGAUGUUAACUUACUGGAUUCCGGAAGGACCUUGCAUGCUUCCAGCAAAUGCAUCACAUCAAGUCGGAAUUGGAGGAUUUGUCAUCAAUCAAAAUAAUGAAGUGCUUGUGGUACAAGAGAAACACUGUUCUCCUGCAACUCUUGGCCUUUGGAAAAUACCAACUGGAUUCAUUCAUGAGGCAGAGGAGAUUUAUACAGGAGCUGUAAGAGAAGUGAAGGAAGAAACUGGGAUAGACACAGAGUUUAUCGAAGUCAUAGCAUUCAGGCAUGUACACAAUGUGGCUUUUGAGAAAUCAGAUUUGUUCUUCAUCUGCAUGCUAAAACCACUAUCAUCUACGAUCACUGUGGAUGAUCUUGAAAUUGAUGCAGCAAAAUGGAUGCCACUGGUUGAGUUUGUAGAGCAACCAUUAAUACAAGAAGAUUCCAUGUUCAAGAAGAUUGUAGAUAUCUUUAUCGCUCGUCUUGGGAAACGUUAUUGUGGACUAUCAACUCAUCAAGUAGUUUCCAAGUUUGAUGGAAAAAUUACUUCCCUAUACUACAAUGUCUUUGACAAUGAUGAUUCCAACUGUGUUGGAAAAUAAUUUAGGCUCUAAAAACUGAGCUAACCACUACAUUACUAUAGAUGUCCGGUAGAAUAUGUAACAUAUAAUUGAGGUUUUAUUUGCUAAUGUGUACUGAUAAUUAAUGUAUAUAAAUGUUAAUAUCAAUAAAGAGUUGUUGUGGAAUGGAACAUGAGGGAACAUUACACUUGUUCCUCAUUUCCGUUUGGAAAGUAGAAGCAUCAAGCAUGUAUAGAAUA